AUGGCGCUUCUCGCGUUGAUUCUGUUGAGUCUUCUACUCACAGUAAAUGCGAACUUGGUUUCGAAUUACCCUGUGAACUCCCAGCUCCCCCCAGUAGCUCGCGUAUCUCGACCGUUCAGAUUUACAUUCUCGCAGACCACUUUCGGCGGAAGUAGCUCGGAGACAACCUACAGGCUUUCGAACGCGCCAUCAUGGCUUGAAGUUGACAGCAAGUCUCGUACUCUAUCAGGAACUCCUCACAAAGAAGAUGUCGGGUCUCCAACAUUCGAUCUGAUUGCAUCGGACCAGUCCGGGUCUGCCAGCAUGCAAGUAACGCUCAUUGUUACCACAGACGACGGCCCGAAACUUGGAAAGCCUGUACUUUCCCAGCUGGAAGAUAUUGGUCCCAUGUCAUCCCCGUCUAGCAUUAUCGUUCGCUCUGGGGACUCGUUUUCGAUCUCGUUUGAAACUGACACUUUUACGAAUACUCGUCUGUCGACCGUAUACUAUGGAACGUCCCCGGAAAAUGCGCCUCUCCCGUCUUGGAUAGCAUUCGACCAGUCAUCUCUCCGGUUUUAUGGCACCACCCCCAGUAUUGGCCCGCAGACUUUUAGCUUCAACCUGGUAGCGUCCGACGUGGCGGGAUUUAGUGCCGCUACCGUGAAUUUUGAGAUAACGGUCAGCGCGCACAUUCUAUCAUUCAACCCAAGUGCGGAGACCCUCUUUGUGACUGAAGGGAAGGAGAUUAGAAGCCCCCAAUUCAUCGACAGUUUAACGCUGGAUGGCCACAAACCCACGAGCAAUGAGCUGGUUGAUAUUAACAUUGACGCCCCUGGCUGGUUGACGGUAAACAAGCAAUCCUUAUCGAUCAGCGGCACCCCCCCAACGGACGGCAAAAAUGAAAAUGUUACUAUCUCUGUCAAGGACAAUUACCAGGAUGUGGCAACAUUGGUUGUGGCGAUGCGGUACUCACAGUUCUUCCACGAUGAGAUCAAGGAAUGCGAUGCAGUUAUCGGGCAAUACUUUAUGUUCGUGUUUAACAGUUCGGUUCUCACCGAUAGUUCGGCUGAACUCGAUGUCGAUUUGGGCAAAGACCUGCCAUGGCUGAAAUACAAUCGCGACAACAAGACUCUCUACGGGCAAGUCCCGUCCGAUCUCCAUCCGGACAAAACUACGAUCGAGUUGACAGCCCACGAAGGGACCGCACAGGAUAAACGAUCAGUCACCAUCCGCACUAUAACCGGGGAUGGCUUACAGGGACAGGGAAUCGGCGAUGCCGGUCCCGGCAGCGAUGGUUAUCAUAGAAAGAAAGCUGGCAUCAUAUUAAUGGCCAUCUUCAUUCCCUUGGGAUGUCUAAGUAUCGUUUUGCUUUUCCUCUAUUGCCGACGCCGUGCAAAAGGGAGAACAGGAGCCGAAGAUGCACAAGGCUUCGAGGAAAAAGCACUGCCCCCGCCACCGCUGCCGCCCACCGGCUGCUUAUCACACUGCCAACCAUUUGAAGAAACCAAGCGAGGACAGCCUCCGACCAUGGGGAUGGCUUCGCCGCCAGUAUCAAAGCCUCCGAAACUGGAGCUCGAACCGUGGUGGAAUGUUCAUAGCGACGAAGCAAGUGGACACGGACAGGAUCCAAUCGACAAAGAUAACACUUUCUCGAGUUCGACAAUUGACUGGGGCUUUGCCCCGUUGCGGGUUUCCGAAAUCCCUGAACAGGAUGAGAAUAAGCCACCCGAGGAAGAAAGACCAGAAGCGUUUGUGAAGUCUACUCGUCUUUCGUGCCCGACCAGUCCUCCGGUGCGCAGACGGACGUCUGCAAACUCGGCGAGACGGGAGCCACUCAAGCCAAUCCAAGCGCGACGAUCUUUAAAACGAAACUCGGCCCUCUCGUCACGAUCCAAGAGGUGGUCUAAGCGAUCAAGCGGGAUUUCCACCAUCGCCUCAGGCCUUCCGGUACGGCUCAGCGGUGCUGGACACGGAGCAGGAGGUUUGGGGCCUCCCGGCCACGGAGUGGUGAGGAUAUCGUGGCAGAACACGCAAGCGUCUUUGAGAAGUGAUGAGAGUAGUCUCGGAAAUCUGGCGCCUUUAUUUCCUCGUCCCCCACUGCGAACCAGAGAGAGCCAGGAAUACACCAAACGGGUGAGCUUGCGCACUGUGGACCGCGAUAGUUUGACUAUUUCGGAGUCUGAUUCCUUGGCGGCCUUUGUUCAAGGCCGCGCGAAGAGUCGCAAUUCGUCCAAUCCCAUGUUCGCCGGCCAAACGGGCCGUCGAGUAUCGUCGGGCCUCCGUGCACUGGAACGGGCCCGAAGCACUGGUAGCCGAGCGGACACCAUCAAUAGCUCUGUCUACCCCGAGAAUUGUCGGCGGCAGUCUAGCGUGAGUCAGGCGGAGCGUCCCUGGUCGCUGGCAUUAUCCGGGUCGAUCUACACGGAUGACAACCGGCAUUCCAGCUAUCUACGGGCUCUGUCGGAGGAGUCGCCGAAUAUCCGGCCCCUGGCAGCUGUGAUGAUGGCCAAGGGACAGAGCCAGUCGAGUUUAGCCCAGAACUACUCGAGCAUGAUCGCCCCACUUCCCCGGUUCAUGAGCGAGUUGAGCUUGGCCCACAUCAGACGCGACGACGCGGGAGAGGUGUAUGGUGAUAGCCCCCUUUACGGUGACGAAUCGCACAAUUUCUUCGGCCGUCGCCGUUGGUCCCGGUCCAGCCCAUCCCUGAUCAAAGAAGGCACAUGGAUUCCGAUCGCGUCUUCGCAGCUGCUUCGAAAGAGCCCGUCGACUUCAUCGAUCCCGUCCGAUAGCAAGACGCGGCGAGUGAGUCUCAUACGACAGGCUGAGCGGGAGUCCAACUACCCACGCAGUUUCCAGCGGGACCUAACGGGGAGUGGGACCAGUGAUAUAGCGUUUGUUUAG